AUGCCGAAACAAUACCCCUUUACUCUAUUCAACCCGGAGGAACCACUGCCACAAGUACUAGUCAAAAGAGCAUCAAAGGAGCUGGGCGAGGUCCCGAGUCAAGUUAGUGCGCAUCUAGAGAGCUUCCGACGAUGGCUCUCCUCCAUGCCACAUCUCAAGUGUCGCACAGGUUGUCCUGAUGACUUCUUUAAUUGUUCUCAUCUAAAACUAACAUUCUUUCAUGCAGGGUUUACUAAGGCUGAGGCAUUGUUAUUUGCAGUGCAUUAGUUGAAUACGGCUCUAAAAAUAAUUAAGCAAAAUUGUCUAUCAAUUAUCUAUCUGAAUAAUAGUGAAAAUGCGAUUCCCAAGUGACAUAUCAAAAGAAGAGGAGCCGUCCACAUGGAGGGGUUUAUUAGAUGUCUGACGUUCCGAGUAGUUACUUCGUCUACCCACCUUCAGAGAUUGGGAAGUCAUGCGUACGUCUCACCUUAUAUGGCGGGCUCUGUUUAAUGCGUGGCCUAGUCUCUGAAGAUGGGUAGAUGAAGUAACUACUCGGAACGUCAGACCUCUAAUAAACCUCUCCCGGUGAACUCCUCCUCUUCAUUUAAAACUGCCUAUCGUCUGCAGUGUGUUGAUGUAAGACGCAAACGUAGCGGCUCUGGGAAACAAGGUUUCAUUUUAUUCUUUGGGGAUUUUUGAAGGCACCAGGGCUUUAGAAAGCAUGCCAAAAACGUAUAAGGAGAAAAAUUAUGCAAAUAAGGUAGAAAGACCAGUUGAUGAGCAGAAACGAAACCUGCGGUGACUGACCUAUCAUGGGGAGUAUAGACUGAAGUUCUGAAAUGCGAUUUCCAUUAGGAAAGAGUACUUAGGUACUCAAGUACUUAAGUCCUUGAUCAUCAGGCAAAAUAAUCCCUAGAUAUAUUCCAUUCACAUCAGGAUCUCGGGUUUUGAGCGAGCCUCUUUCCGCUCGCUUGCAAAUCUACACUCUAAAAUAACCAUUGAAUCAGUAUGCGUUUUUCCCAUUCGUCUUCUUCUUGGUCUUCAAAUUUUAUACUUGGAGUAGGCUAUUUCUCGGUUUUGAUCGAAGAUUGUGAACGCUCAUUCAUAAAGCAUCGUAUCCGUCCAUUGAUUAGUGUUGCUUAUAAAGUAUACAACUUAAUCCCCAUCUAUUACGCAAUUUUAUGAGCCCUACGUGAAAUCUGUUUACUGACGAGGAGACGUUUGUGAUUUUCUACACAUUGUGAAUACACAACUUGCCGUUUGUAGAUCCCGAAUGCAAAUGUAAGGGCAGGUUGGUUUUAAAAUUAUUCAGGAACUGAAAAAGUCAUGAAGGCCGAAACAUAUCCUUUAUUCAAGUAUGAGAUAUAAUGAAUAAGUAAUUUGCAACAAAGUGGGUUCAAGUGAAAAUAUUUUAAUGAAUGCUUCCUAUCAAAUAUUAUUGAAUUUGUAAAGAUAUCGAAGAUAACUGAAGAUAAUUCAUAUUACGCAAGUAGCCACUUUUUUUUACCGAGGUUGGUGUUUACAGACGACUGAAAAGAAUCUCAUUCAAAAGCCACCAUCAUGACAUGACUGAAACAUAAGUGUAGAAGAAGAGUCGAACACCGGAACACUUCGUUUAUUAUCCUGAGCUUUCAGACUCGUACAGGAGUCCAUCGUCAGAGGUAGUGGCAGAAACAGGAUAGGCGACGGUUAUAAGGCACGUAGGCCCAAUCAUCGACCGACGUCGCACGACUGGAGGUGACUACGAAGGGCUCUGAACGCCGGCGCCAGAUCGAUAAAUCAAUUGACCGAGUUCUCAUCCGAGGCCCAGGCUUCAAUCGAUUCUCGGCCUGUCUCGGCCCGGUGCUCAACUCUUCUUCUUCACUUAUGCAUACACCUGGAACUCGAAAUUUCGCCUUCAUUCAUGACUGAAACAUCUUUGGAUUACACUGCGCGAUGAUCAAUAUUGCAACCCAACUUUAUUUUUUAUCGAAAACUCAGUUCGGAAUUUCGGUUAAGAUUUCCUGGGACAAGUCAGCUAUUAUCGUCACGGGACACGGGCAUACCGACGCCCCUCCCCGUAAUAUAGGAAGCUUAACGCUAAAUUCCGGGGAGAUUAUGGCUUAUAUGAAGAUUGCGGUUAGGACUAAGGUUGGGAUUGGGGUUUGAGCUAGGGUUUGGAUUAAGACCAGGGCCAGGGCACGGGAAUAGAUGCGCUUCCUGUAAAUUAACGCAAGACCGCCUGUACUACGGGGGUCCCGAUUUCCGUGUCUUAACGAUGAAUGCAAUAAAUCACUUAAUGCACAAGUACCUUUGAGAUUACCAGUUAGAGUACUGCAGUGCAAGGCUGUAGUUGUGCCGAAUAAAUUAUCAUAAAGGCGCAUAUAUUGCAUAAUUUUAAACUGUCGCUUCCCAUCUUGACUAACUGUAAACUUACCUGCGGCGCUUCAUUCAAAGUCCGUUAUUAUUUGAAAAUCGUUUCCUGUUUAUUUUUAAUUAUCGCGUUCAAUAGGACUUUCGGAAGAAAUUGGUCUACUUUCUGUAUCUUCUUGCUCUCCGUCCCGUGUGUUGCCCCAUCCGUAGGAUUUUCUCUACCAAAAAUUCAAUGUAUGACACGGUCCACAGGCUAGCUCAAGUUAAUUGUGGAUCCUACACCCUAUAGUUGCCCAGUAAAUGGGCUAGGGCGGAUCUAAUUUCAAAUUUCCCCUUGUCCGAGGCACAUGGAAAAAUAUCCUUGCAAUAGUAAGACCUCUAUUGGUUCUUCGCUACCCACAUUUUGAGUCAUCAUGAGAAAGCAUUUCUUCCAAUGCUAACCUCGAGGUCACUUUUCUACAGCGAACAUUUUGUUACAUUCCAUAAAUGUCUUUUUUGGCAGACGAUACCUUCCUUUUGGCCUUCCUGCGACACGCAAAGUUCAAUCACUCGAAGGCACAGAAACGUCUGGACAACUUCUGCACCUUCCGAACGUCUGAAUCCGUUGGAGUUCCAUCGUGGUUCAACUAUGGGGAGGACAGACUAGAAGUCCUCGUGGAUUUUGCUAGGAGAAAGUGAGCUAACACUUAUCUGAGAUGUUAACAUUUUGCGAAGAUUCUAUAUUUAGUUUGACCCAUUGAUUUUCUACUUGAGAAGACGUCUGUACGGCAGUCACCAAUGCUACGCCAAUUUUCUAUAGAUAGAGGAUAGAAGGGCAUUCUCAUUUCACAAUCCAGAGGUACGUAGAAAGGUCAAAAUUUAUGUCAAUGGGAGGGGUUUAGUGUCAUAUUACUGUGCGUGAUGAUAUGUUCCUUAAUAAUAUGGACAUAGAUAUCUAAUGUGCAGACUUGUACUUGACAAAAAAUAUCACAAUUAAGUCACGAUAUUUCUACUCUAUCGAAAAUUCCAGGCUCAUGUGCGUGUUGGGUUUCACACAGGAUGGCGUGCUCUGUAUGAUGAUGAAGGCAGGUAAGUUCACUGUUUGAGAAUCUUCAGGAUUUCUUUAGCGAACUGGUCUCAAUAUGUAAGUAAUCCCCAGGAAAUGUACAAAGCAUCGCAAACAUUUGACGACGCAUUUAUCUGCGACGGACGUGUUCAAAUCGGAGGCUGUGCAUUUAUCCUGGACUUUGAAGGAAUUGGCAAAAGAGAACUUAUGAAAUUUCAGGAUCCACAUACCGCCAAAAUGACCAUGAUGUAUUUUCAGGUAUGUUGUUUCUCAACAUGACCAGCCUGAUGAUGACGCAAUUCUCAAUUUUAAAUUGCCCAGAAGAUGCGCCUCCAUGGAUACGAUUUGUCAAAAGACUGUGGCUGCUCCUCAGAUUUCAAUCUAGGUGCCUCUAGAACAGUCAAACUUCUCACCGUUACUGAUUAAACUUAGGUUACCUGACUUCAUAAAAGGGAUUUAUGGGCAUUUGCCUGAGCUGCAGUCAUUAUUGAUUUGUCAGAUGAUCAUGCAAUAUCCGCCGUAACAAUGGUGAACUAAAAUUCUCCAGAAACAGAAUCUUGGGUCCAAUAAACUGGAAUAGUAUCAUCCUGACUAGUUUGGUACCAGCGUUCCAUAAAAAUAUCUUUCGCUUUUGCCUGUAUCCCUGGAUAUUGGGUAACACAAUAUUUCGAUAGCGUCCUGAUCUUAUUCUUUGAAUGGAGCAGUUCGAUCUCCAUCGUUCAAGGAAAAGUUGGAAAUCAAAGCCGAUUGCCUUAUGCUGUCCUCAGACGGGAAGCCUAAUAAACUGUUCAUUCGCUUAGUGAAGUCCCAAAAAUGUCACUUUUCCCAGCACAGCUAACAUGACUGUGUCCCUCGGGUAUGGUGCUUCGUAUAUCGAAAUUCCCCCUUCACCGUUCCCCUCUCCCCAUAUACUGCCACACCAUUCAUCGCAUUGUAUCUCCUUGAAGGCAUUAUUCAUGUAAAAAGUGCUUAAUGCAGGAUAAUCGGGGAAGUUGACUUCUAAUAAAUGAUAACGUAGUAUAUUUCGUUGUUUUUACUACUUGUUCACUUGUGCGAACUCGACCAUUAUCAUUCCCUUCGAGAUUCUUGUAAGCAAAUGCAAAAGCUUUUAGCAUCCAUCCUCAGUUUACUUUGCCUCUCCGGAAGGUUGCUUCCGUUCCCAAUAAUGGGUCGGAAAAGAGUAGUGUAUACCCAUGGACCGCCUCGUAAAAGGGACAACAGUUAUUGUUAAAAAGGGCUUAUAAAAGCAUGACAAAUAUCACUAUUCCCGACACAGCUAAUUUGACUGUUUUCUUCGGGCAUGAUAUAUCGUGUGUCAAAAAUUCAUCUGUAACAAAAAUGCCACAGGUGAAAUUAUAUUUUUCAAAUUAGAGAUAAUUUAAAAUUGCACUUUCGGGAUAGCAUCCUUCUUAUACGAAUUAGUCAGUGCUGUUGAUUUCAAAUGUCAUGUUUUCUUCAUGGCGCGCAUUUCAUAAAAUUCAGUCGGUUUUUUUCAUAAUCCACACAAUAUCGAAUGCUUAAAUUAUGACUUUAUGUCAUUUUCACUGACAAAUGGACCGAUAUGAUAUAAAAAGCGGCCUAUAGUUUGUUGUCUCAAGGUUUUUAAAUCUUAUUUAACAAUCCUGAAUAUUUAAUUGAAGCUGGAUUUUCAUGUAGAGAAUAUGCGUCACGAGUUGUUUUCGCAACAGAAUGUCGCGCGAAAAUGAGUUGCUCUUUGAGCCGGAAUCCAUGAAUUUCAGUUUGCUAUUUUGGACUGACUUCUAAGUUGAAACUUAUUGCCUCAAUGAAGCUGUAAAAGCGAUUGGAAGCGAACAUGAAUCAAAGUCAAAUAAUGCAUGCUGGGAGGCCGAAUGCCAAUUAAUCGUUUCUGUUAGAUUUUGAAGUUAGAUUGAAAGAAUAACUAAUUAAGUAACAUAUGUCUUCCUGUUUAUUUUCACUACCCGUGUGCAUUCAGAUAUAUUUUCUGGUUAGAAUCCACAAAAUCUCUUUAACGUCCUGAUUUUUGGAAACCUACGGUUAAUAAAACGUUGAUGCUUUUAGGGGGAAGCACGUUUCUGUUUACACACUAUUUCUACUUGUCGGAAAUGGUAGACAGCCAUAAUUAUGUAUGUAGCUUUCAAUGUCUUCAACUAUAAUUGCAGUUUACAAAAAGACAGCAUAAUUUAUUUAUAUUAAACGAACACUGGGAAGUUGUUUAAUAGCGCCAGAUGAAUAGACAGGGUUGCGUUUCGAAAAAUAGAACCAUCAUUAUUUUUUUAAAGUGACGCUACUUCUUUUCCCUUUGGAUCCAUAUUUGAGGAACUCAAAAUUUUAUGGAAAAAGAGAGGACUUUUCCGUUUAUAAUUUUAAUUGAUAAGUUUCAAGUCAGUCAAAAAUACAAAAUGCGAUCUAUAGCCUUGCGUUAAUUAAUUGUUGAGUUAUCUUAAAUGUGUUUUACAGAAAAAAUUAAAAGGUAUUUCAUUGAAAAGCAGAAUUUUGCUAUGUAGGAGAUCAGUUGGGAUUGCAUUCCAUGUUUAUUAAUUCUAACACCUGCGCUCAGAUAGCCUUUCUUCAUUAGAAAACUUAUCAGUAGAUUUCACUGUAUGUUUCAUAAUUGCCACUGCUAUCACUGUUUAAACCAAGAUAUUAUACCUUUAUAUUUUGUUCUUGUAGUAUGCUGAUCACCAAGUCUACCGGGUUUGCAACUACAUGUUUUAUCUAAGUAGUUUAAGUUCCCCAUAAAUCUGACUGGAAAAUUUAUUUGACAGCCGUCUUUAGACAUAAGCUGUUUUGGCUGAAAGUUGUGCACCUAAUUUAUUGAUAUCAACUGUAAACCUGUUCAUAAAAAGUCCAAAUACACCAGCUAAUUUAGCCUGCUUGGCGAAGAUUUCUGCUCCGACACAGACCACUUUUAAAUGCCAGCAUUCCAGUCGCAUCGCACCGUCAUGCUUCACUGCAAAGCUACAUUAACUUCGUCUCAGUCCGUGUGUUCAGGGAAAGAAACCGAUUUUGUGGCACCAACUAACAGAUAAAUUGCCUUGAGCAGUGUUAGAGACCAAAUAAACUUUAAAAUUGCUACUGUAAGUAAGAACGUUAUGGAGCAUGUGCAGUAUCGUUGAUUCGGAGAGGUACCUCAUCAAACUAAUCCAUAUAUUUUUUAGGAAGCUUUGCCCUUCCGCAUUAAAAAGCUGAUCUACCUGAAUAUGCCAAAAUUCUUCGAAGUGUUUUUCAAAGCAGCAUCAGCGUGGCUCAGUGAGAAGAUGAAAUCGAAGGUAAGAAGUAUUUCAUAAUGUUAUGGGUUCUCUAACAAAACAAUAAGAACAAGGUGGAGGGAGUCACAGAGGUUAUUAUUUUCGAGGAGUGAUCACAGCUACGUAUUCCACAGAUGUACUUCUCAAUUAACCGCCUGCGUCAAAUGCUAUCCCUUUAGGAGAGGUAAGUGCAGGGCGUUCUGGCUAUACAAUAAGCCACUGCGAUCACAAGAUGUGGAAGUUGAUACCUUGAAACGGUUGAUAUUCGAACUUCUGAAUUAUUGAAUGUCAUCAUGGAGUACUGAUUUCGGGGUUGGUAUAGGGAAAACAGGGUUGAUAAAGCUGACUCCCAUAGUCACGAAUAAGUAAUUAAACCUCUAAGGCUGGACCCACGUGUUAAGACCUUGUCAUGUUUUAUUUUUUCAAAGUUUUACACAAAACAUUUCGAAUGCAAAUCAUCACUAAACAAAAUCACCGAAUAUUUAGAAUGCACUCUGGAUCAGAAUACGUGCCUAAGGGCGUUAUGCCGAAUAGGCGGACAUCAGUAAACCUGUCUGAGUUUAAAUCUAAAAAUAAUCUAUUAAAAUUGUCCAAGAUUGAGACAAAGCCUGUUAUCACUGUCGCUGUAUGGCUACAAUACUUUUCUUCAGUCAUUAAUUGAGGCAAAAAUGACGCCGUUACGAUUUAAAUGAGCGUGAUCUUCCACACUGCCUUUCCUAGACAUUUUUGUAGGUAGGCGGGCAUAUUGUUUUUAUUCAGAGAUCCAUCUAGUGAAACCCACCUAGAAAGGACAAUACAUACACUGCUUCAGCUUCGUUCCGAUUCAGAGAAAAGGAAACUUGUUUUUUGCCUGUUCAACAGAGCCCGCAAGAAUCUGUUCCUCAGAUACGAUCGAUGACAAGAUCACUUUCCUGGAGGGUUUUCUUAGAAAUGGUUAUCGGAGAAAUUCAUUGAUAAAUAUCCCCAUCCCAGACAAGGAACUCCUGCAGAAAUGUCCGUGCCGAAAUAACCGGUGAGCAUCUACCUCUCUUUCAAGGGUGACAAUGUGUCAAACGUGAUCAAGCGACGACUUCGGUGCACAGCUGAACGGACGCACUACAACGGCCUUUCCAGUUAGACCAACUAAGGAAAUUCUUCCUAUAUGCGCGUCACAUCAAACGGUAUUUAUGAGUUUACAUGUUAAAUUGAGGAUGCAAAUACAUUGGGCGCACCCAAAGGCAUUUGUCAGCUCGGUCAACUGAACACGUGUCGAAGUGGCUGUUUAAGGCACCUUAAGCACCUAGUGAACACGGGCCAUAUGGUGGGCAAAACGGUUGCAUUUAAAGUCCUGCUUCGGGAGACGACUGGGCGUCUCGUGCACUUUGCAAAGGUCGCUGCAGUACGGAGGAAAAAACCGGAACUCUGUAAGCAUGUGGAUCACGCGAUUAACCUCACACUGCCGUAGCAAGGAUCGAUAGUGGACCUAGCCCCAUUACCAAUACCCGUCGUCUCUCUUUUCCUCCCCACCCCCCUCCUUCCCUCCCCUGCGCGACUGACCGCUGUCCCGCGUGUUGCAGUCUUAAUCACGCCCGACAAGUUUGCCAUGUAAUUUGAACUCACUUGCUUAGAUAACCUCCCUCCCCCGUCCCCCUCGCCUUGCGCGUCCGCAUAUCCUCCACAUUAUGAAUUCUCAUGAGCAGUUCAACAUUAUCUUUCAAUCAUGCAGGGAAAUUCUAACGAUAUAAUACCGCUUAGCCACUAGAAAAUUGCCUUUUUAUGUCUAUCCAUAGGUACUACUUCUACAGAAAGAUUUGAAUCCAGCUUAUGACAGCGUACCUGGUCUAGAAGAAUUAAUGCCUUCGGAGUACAAUGGAGGCAACUGUUCGUUUGAUGAAAUUUGUGGUAUGCAUUUUUUCGAAAGAUUCAUGAUCUUGAGUACCGUUCUAAUACCUUUGCAAUGUCAUUCAAGCAGUAUGAGUAGUAACUGGAAGACUGAAAAGUGUACUGGUCGAACUGUUUAUUAACACACCAAAUGAACUGUACGAACUACAGUUGUCCUGCAAUAUGAUAAUCGCCGAUUUUACGCAAAAUCGUUGUAAGCGACAAGGUUUCUUUCAGAUGUUCUACUAAUCAGUGGAAUAACUGACGAUCUGAGACAACUCAAACCACAUUUUCGAAUACACGAAAUUCCAGUUAGAUACUAAAAGGAACAGGCCGCGACUAAGUCGGAGAUUUGGGCUAAAUAAUAAUUCGUAGAGAGCUUAAAUCUCGUCGUAUUAUGUGAAAAAGAGAAAUUACAGGAGCUUUAAGCUGCUUUUAAUCCCAGCCGAAAAGUGUGGAACCACUCCUUCGGCAUAGGUAAAUAGUAAAAAUGAUCAAAUGUGAAGCAAAGCAUGUUGUUAGAUUUUUAAAUCAUUCAUCGGAACGCCAAUAAGCACGCCCAUCUUUUGCAAAAAGUAACAAACUAUGAAAGACCUGGAUGUCAGGAGCGUAGUACGCUCGACAGAUUGACCGUCGUUGUUGACUAUGCCCACCGUUCACUUCGCUGUAGGAUGUGAGCAGAGACGGCGACUUGCACGCGUAUUAGUUUAUAGUAAUAACGACUUGCGCAGCAGCCACCGCACUCUCUCGCUCGACCUCCUCGCUCACCUGAACCUGACGUCAAGAGAGAGUUAAGAAGACUGGAGGCGGGAGAGGGCACAGGUGUCUGGCACGACGAAAAUCCGAAACCCCACCCCCUGAUCCGCAGCAUACACGUCCCGCACCUGUCAGGGAGUGAACCGGCGACGGGACGUGUCGCCAAACGCAAAUGUUAGCAUUUGUUCUGGAUGUACAUGCCCGAUAACGUUUGUCGGACUUCCAACUAGCUCUCCUGUUGGACCACUGCAUCCACCGCGUGGCCCGUUUUAGGGGCAAUUUAUUGCACCCAUGUAAUUAAGCGAAAACCGGUUCAAUGCUACUUACAACGUUAUCCAAGUCCAGCAUACUGACUUUUGCCAGUUCCGCAUGCAGCACUAGGUCGCCAGCAUGGUUAUACAUGUUCUACUGCGACAAAUGUAAUUGUGACCGCGAACUAUUACUGCAUUCCUCGUUUUUUGAAGAAACUCUUUCAUUCUUUUAGAACAAAAUAUCAAAGUAUUCUCCACGAUGCCGAAGCAAUGUCUAGACUUUGGCAUAUCCGUCGACGAAUCAAAAAGACCUAAUACUUCAAAGAAUCUGAUGCGUACAUAUAAAGAUCUACCUGCGGAGGUAAUGGGAAUCAGUGGAACUUACGUGAAAAUGGAAGAUGAGAUUUGA